AUGAACUCAAAAUCUUCUUUCCAACUACAAGAUGAAAUCCUUCCAGAGGAAAGCAUCUUUGGGAACCAUGAGGCUUUGGAGCUAUCUGGACACAUCUCCUUGGUCAGACCAGUAGCAGAUACAGAAGAGUACCCUGAAGGCCUUAAGUUGGCAUAUACUUCUAAGAAGAACUUCUUGAUAGGAGCAUUUUGGCUCUUGAUAUGUAUUUUAAGUACCUCUACAACUGGCCCACUUGUAUUAAUGAUUCCUGCAAAGAGCACCUAUGUGUCUAUCUCAUGGAGAUCACAGUGCUCCUGCUUGAUCAUGUUCCUGUGGUGCAUCACUAGCUACAUAAGGUACAGCAGAAGAGAGACUUAUGAAGACUACGACCACCUUGAAUUCUCAGAUCUCACAACAUGGAAGAAAAUCAAAAAAGACUCAUCCCCUCAGAACUUGUUCAGCACCUCCUUGAUGUCAUUCUUCUUGUUCAUGUGGGUUCUUGGGCUAGUACUUGGAUGCAAGUACACUUUGACUGCACAUGCAGAUGUACUAUACUGUAGCAACGGUGUAUUCAUUUUAUUAAUUGCCCUCCUCACAUGCCAAUACGUUCACAAAUACGAGAUAGGAGGGUACUUGAUAUACGGUGUUGGAGUGCUAAUCAUGCUUAGCGACCCCCUUGCCAACAAAACUGGAGAAGGAACAAACAAGAUGUUAGGAAAUAUUUUGGCUAUCAGUGGGGCAUUGGGAGGAGCACUAUACGGAAUAGCCUCAACCAAACUAAAGAGAGACUCAGAGCAGGUCGUAUGCAUGUUCUAUCUAUUCCUAGGACAUUUCAUCAUUCAAAUUCUCGUAUUCCCUCACCUAGAGGAGAAUCCAUUAUUUUUCAGCUUUGACUCUGAGUUCGGAAUAUUCGGAUGGAUGUCAAACCCAUGGUAUGCAGCCCUAAUGCUACUGUUUGUAUGCCCAUGGACAAGCAUAGUGUCAAACUAUUCCCUAUUAGAAUGCUACAAGUACUGGACAUUGGACAUAGUAGCUGUAUUCUUUUUAAUGGAGCCUUACUUCGCAGAAGUGACCGCUAUUCUACUCGGCCAAGACGAAAUCCCAGGGUCCCAAACCUUCGUUGGAGUAACCAUAUUGAGCCUUGGAAUCGCUCUUUCUAUCUACGGCUCUAAACUAAAGGCAUCUGAGGCCUUCCUCCCAAAGAAGACCCCAAAAGAUCUAAAAUGUGAGCUCAGUGACAGACUCCUCAUUGAGCCAUAACU